UGUUACUCCAAUGCCCGAGCCACCCCAGUUGUAACGUCGUUGCAUCUGCUGAAGCUGCCCUGUCGAUUCAGCCGCGGAGCUGAGACCAGCUGGGAGGUGAUUCCCCCGGGUUAGACACGGGCAGGCGGGGAGUUUGGUUCGGCACGAGUGCUGGUUGGUUGCGGAUAGCCCCCCCCCCCCCCCAAUGCGCUAGUGCUGGCGGCGGCUGCGGGAACCUUCCCUGGGGUUAACAGGGGGACCCUUACAACAUCUUGCCAGUCUGUCUGCACAACCUGGUAGCUCUCAGCAGCAUGGAGCCCGUCACCCGCAGCAGCUGCCCAUGACUUUGUCGUUUAGAAGUGUUCGUUUAACGUAAUUGUCCGACCGAACCAAGUCACAGCAACCAUGGGCCGGACGAUGCUAUCGUUGACCAUCACUUGGUCAGCCUGUCUCUGCAUGUCCUUGUGCGGGGUUGCCCGCGGAGAUGAUGAGGAGCUGGGCUCCGGGGCGUCCUACACGGAUGAAGUAGACCUAGUGGAUAAGCUUGUUUCCUCAUCUUCUGAUCUCACCAACGUGUCGAUCUCCACUGAUGAAGAGAACUGUACAGUCUAUGAAAUUGGGCAAUAUUCCACGCUCAGCGCACCCACCAGAAAAGUGUUUGGGAGCAGUUUUGCAGAUGAGUUCAGCCUACUGAUCAAACUCCGCUACAGCAUGAGGGAGGAAACCACCCUAUUCACAAUCCUGGGCUCGCAGAGCCACAUCUUGCUGCAAGUCCGGCUCAGUCCCUACGCCUUUAGCUUUGUGACCACCAGGCGGCGCCACUAUGAGUUUCCCAUUCCCUUCCUCUCGGAUGGCAGGUGGCAUAAAGUUGCAGUUAGUGUUUCGUGGGAUAAAAUUGAACUGUACGCUGACUGCAGGUUUGUCGAAAGUGUCACGUGGAGGAACUACUUUGGAAUGGAAGUGACUACGGAAGGCCUGAUCAUGAUAGGAGGGCUAAUCGAGGCCUUUGAGACACCUUUUGAGGGACAAAUUCAACAACUGCUAUUUGUUAUGGGAAAGCCAACUGAAGCCAAGGAGCAUUGCACAAGGUACAAUCAAACUUGCAAGGUGACUUCUGAAGAUGAGCCUGCCUUCCCUGGCCCUGACUUCCGUGAAGCCAACAAUGUUAUCUCGGCACAAUCAGAGGGGUCUGCGGACAUAACCAGUGGAAUGGAUACAAGACCAACUUUGACUGAGAUCAAAGGAGCGGCAGGUCAACCUCGAACGAACACAGUGCAUGGAGACUCUUGGUCAAGGCGCCCCCUUCAAUCCGAUCAUUUUGGAAGCAAUGAACUGCUGAAUCUCCCCUACAAUGAACUCACAGAUACAGGAGCAGGCAGGCCUGGCACAAUCCUCAGCGACACCUCCCUCCCACACAGUCCUACGGGGGUUUCAAAUGCUUUUGCCCAGACUCCUGAUGUUAAACGCAAUGAAAUUAAUGAAGAGAAUGACGCUAGGUCUGAUAUAAGGACUUCCAGUGCACUUAAUGAAUUAAUUGAUGAGGAGUUCUACUUAGCAGUUGAAGAUCGAAGAGAUUUUACACUCCACCAGCCAAAACUGGACAGUAGGUUGGUUGCUUCCGAUAAUCCCACAGUGAUGUCACCCACUCCAAUAAUUGACAUAGACUUUACACCUAACCCAUCCCAUGUUCACACGCCUGGAGGCAACCUGUUGGUGCAGAAGGACACUGACCCACAGCAGGGUAACGACAUAUUGCCAAUCGAUCUUGUCAGUGGAAGUGCUGCAGAUUCCAAGGGACUGAAUGAAGUGGUUAUUGAUCUAAACAGUGAUCAUUAUCCGGCUGAGAAGGCCAAAGGAGAAAUUGCUUCCGUCAAAGAGAUCUACGAGAUGGAGACCACAGACGAGACUGCACAGUGGGAAAGUGACAAACUUCAGGGAACCUCACGGAGCAGUUCGUCCCAAGCAGGGAUCCAUCAACGUCACAAAGAGCAAGUACGUGAAAGGGUCGGAGCGCCUGGGCCAACCGGAUCACCAGGGCCACUUGGCCUAAGGGGUGACCCUGGACAACCAGGACCUAAAGGAGAUAAAGGUGAUCCGGGGGUCAGGGGCCGUGAGGGGCAGACAGGUGCCCCUGGACUUCCUGGUCCUGCUGGCCUGCCGACCAUUUACCUGUGGAGAAAUACAAAUGAAGACUGGUCGGCCUUCUCCCAAACACAAACCUAUCAAAUGUUGUUGGCAGGCUGGCCGACCCAGCGUGGAGUUUCGGGACCUUCUGGACCCCCGGGAAAACCAGGCCCUCCUGGUCCCCCUGGCGUUCCAGGAUACCCAGGUCCACUGGGCAAGCAGGGCGAUGAGGGGCAACAAGGACCGAGAGGUUUCCCAGGCCCGCCAGGUGAGAGAGGGUCGAGUGGCAUCGCUGGUGAAGCAGGUCCUCGCGGCCCACCUGGUGUUCAUGGCGAACAGGGACCUCAGGGGGACCUGGGAGAGAAGGGAAUUUGCGGAGAGAAAGGGGAACAGGGCUUCAGGGGAUGGCCAGGAUCACCUGGCGACAAGGGAGAGAAAGGAGCCAAGGGUAACCGAGGUGAGACUGGGUUUCCUGGACCGAUCGGCGUUCCUGGUCUAAAGGGUUUAAAAGGACGUCGCGGUGUGCAGGGACCCACAGGUUCUGCAGGAGAAUUUGGCUUAAUUGGAGCACCAGGACUGCCGGGGCUUAUGGGUGGGGAAGGAGCUUCGGGACCCAAGGGUGCGGCGGGUGUGAAUGGCCCUGAGGGCGGGAUUGGGUUACCAGGGUUACCGGGUCCUCGAGGCACUCAGGGACCUCAUGGUAUGGAUGGAAGGAAGGGAUUUAAAGGAAAGAGAGGUCACCAGGGCCGGCCUGGAUUAGACGGACUUCCUGGUCCAAGGGGAAUGGCUGGUGAAGAUGGGCCACUCGGGCCAAGAGGGAAGCCCGGGCAAGAAGGACCAAGGGGAUUGCCUGGAGUUCGGGGGAUCCGAGGUCCAGCGGGUGAUCCUGGUACAAGAGCUGCCGAUGGAGAACAGGGAGACCAUGGGGAGAAAGGAGACUGUGGUGUUCCUGGACCGAUCAGAAAAAGAGGACUUCCAGGACCAAGGGGGACAGCAGGGAUCCCUGGAAUAUCCGGACACAGAGGUCGGCUUGGAGCAGCGGGACCUGAAGGUGACGAUGGAGUCAUGGGGCUUCAGGGACCACAGGGACUGACGGGAUCCAAGGGUAACAGGGGAGCCGAUGGACACAAGGGAAUCCGUGGAACCAGAGGACACAAGGGACAUGUUGGUCAGCGUGGUUUGGUGGGAUUACCUGGAUCAGCAGGAUUAAAAGGCCAGCAAGGAAUACAGGGUGCUGAAGGAAAGUCUGGUACACAGGGAGAGUCUGGCACUCCAGGUGAACCAGGGAGUCGAGGGCCUCGGGGUUUUGGAGGAAUGAGAGGUGAUCAAGGAGCAGAUGGAGCGACAGGACUGUCUGGCUCUGCAGGAUGUCCCAGUGCUGACGGAAUACCUGGCUGGACAGGAGAACGAGGACCCAUUGGUAAAUCAGGACUGCCAGGAGCACAGGGACCCGUAGGCAUGUAUGGGUUUCCAGGACCUUUGGGAGAACGAGGAAGUCCAGGAUCAAGAGGUGCCAAGGGAGAACCAGGAAACAAGGGGCUAUCGGGACAGGCUGGGAAACUAGGUGUGAAGGGUCCAGGGGGCAAGCCCGGUGAGAGGGGAACUCCUGGACAAGCGGGCAGAAGAGGGAAUCCAGGCACCAAGGGAUUAAGUGGCCUUCCUGGCCCACCUGGAAACGCCGGCAUUGAUGGGGUUGUUGGCAAGACGGGACCCCCAGGGGAUCAAGGACCAUUUGGAGCAGCAGGGAUCAGUGGACCCCCUGGAUAUAAAGGGCGGGAAGGAGCAGCUGGACCUGAUGGACCCUCCGGACAGACGGGGGAAAAGGGUGAAGUGGGUCCAUUGGGCGGUGUUGGUGUCACUGGGCUGGAUGGCGAGCAGGGUGAACCUGGAGGUGUGGGUGAAGAAGGACAUGUUGGAUUAAAGGGGGCCCAGGGUGAUCGUGGAGACCUGGGAAUUCCUGGUCCUGAAGGAAUUAAAGGAGAACAAGGAGAUGAAGGAUUACCAGGACCUCCAAGAGAGAGGGGCGAGCCAGGAAUACAGGGAGAAGUUGGGACCAAAGGUGAUGAAGGAGAUCUUGGGCUAACAGGACAAAAGGGAGUCAUUGGGUCAGUUGGCCCACCCGCUACUUUCGGGUCCAUUGGGGCUACAGGAGAGGCAGGCAGACCAGGGCCGAAGGGACAAAAGGGAGAGCCUAAUCUGAUGGGGGCUGUCGGUUUAAUUGGCAUUCCAGGUCUAAUCGGAGAGCGUGGGCAAACUGGUGAUAUGGGGAGGCCUGGAACACCUGGAGAAGAUGGCCCUCGAGGAGAAAAGGGUGAAUUUGGACCUGUUGGAAUUCCUGGACCAAGUGGUGGCACGGGACCAGAGGGGUUACCUGGUGAAAAAGGAGGUGCGGGAGACGCUGGCAACCCCGGAUCCAUUGGCCCAUCUGGUCCGGUGAGAUCGAGAGGUUCACCAGGCCCUAAAGGUGAAAUCGGACUGCAGGGAAUGACGGGGGAGCGUGGUCUCGAGGGCAAUGCAGGACCUCUGGGGCCAGAUGGAACGCCUGGAGAUAGAGGAGCAGCAGGUGAUCCAGGGAUGGAGGGUUCCAUGGGUGAGCAAGGACCGCAGGGCAAAGCUGGACUUCCAGGCAAAACAGGUCCGGGAGGUCAACAAGGUUUUGAAGGCAGGACGGGGGUCAAAGGAGAAAAGGGGGACAGUGGGGUUGAUGGAGUUGCAGGAGACCCAGGGAAUCCCGGAAGAGCGGGGAGAAGAGGAAAGGCUGGACCAAGAGGACUACGGGGGAAAAAGGGCUUAAAGGGCCCAAGAGGUGACAGAGGACCAGCGGGCUUUCCUGGAUCAGUCGGAUCUUCUGGAAUUUCAGGAGUAAAUGGUAAAAAAGGAAGGCCAAGGCUGAAGGGACAGAAGGGAUCCGGAGGAGAUGCAGGAACAUCAGGACCUCAUGGAGACCCAGGCAAAAAGGGGAAACCGGGAACUGAAGGUUUACCAGGAUUAAUGGGCCGUAAGGGAGAGCAGGGGCAUCGUGGUCACCCUGGUGAUAUAGGAAGGCAAGGGUUCCCGGGAUUACUGGGUCAAAUUGGACUAAAAGGACUUGAAGGAUAUUCAGGAAGCCCAGGGGUAAAAGGCACUCAGGGACCUCCGGGUCCCCCUGGUCCUCCUGGUCCACCUGGGCCUUCACUAAAGAUUUCUGAAGAAGAAUUCCAGCUGCUUUUGAAUAAAACGCGCAGUUUGGAUUCUAGAAGUAUAUGGAAGGCUAUGGAAACUCUGAACAUGGAGCUUCGGCAUAUUGUGGCCCCACCCACGGGGAGCAAGGACAACCCUGCCACAACGUGCAAGGAACUGCAGCUGUGCCAGCCACAGCUCCGUGACGGUUUCUAUUACAUUGAUCCCAAUCAGGGAUGUCCUUAUGAUGCACUGCUGGUCUUCUGCAAUUUCACAGCCAAUGGAGCCACAUGUCUGCCUAAGAAGGAAAAUGAGGUACCUACAAAAGGAUGGUUCAAAGAAUAUUCAAAGGAAAAUACAUACCAGUGGUUCAGCUCUACAGAGGGGGGAUUUUUGUUUGACUAUCCUGGAGUCAGUAUCGUACAGCUUCGCUUUUUAAAACUUCACAGUACAUAUGCCAGCCAAAAAUUAACCUACAAAUGUAAUCCGGGCCUUAAUUCAUUCAGGAUGAACAUAAGUGAUCAUAGAACUAUUCAAUUCAUGGGUGACAAUCAAAAGAAAAUAUUCAAUGGACACAAAGGAUUCUCAAUCAAUUCUGAUGGAUGCUUGUUGAAUGACUCUGGGCCUCACAAAAUCGAGUUUGAAGUCACCACUAAUGAAGUCGACCUCCUACCACUGAGGGAUUUGGCGGUGUUUAACAAUGGCGAUGAUACUCAUGAGUUUGGCUUUUCUGUUGGCCAAGUAUGUUUUUAUUAAUUAUUCAGCAGAAACCUCGGGGGAAGCCAAUGCAUCUCAAAAUCCCUGGACUACACCAGCCAAAUCAGCCAAUCUGUGGAUUUACAGGUGAACUUGGCAUUGCAAGAAAAGCACUUUUUCAAAAUAGUAAUCGUAAUUUUGUAAAGAUCACGUUUUCCUUUCAGAGGCCACCAUUAACCUUUUGGACUAUUAUCCUACUGAACAGUCAAAUGUUGUUUACAUUAAUGGUGCAACUUGAAAACAUCUGGUGCCAACUUCUGAAGCCUUUGCCACCACUUUACAUGUGUUGAACGGUGCUGAUUAAUGUUCAAAGCUGGAUUGCAGUGUGUUUCUGUAUUCAAUUCUGCACCUAAAAUUAAUCUUUCAAAAUCAGUUCACGGUGCAUUAAUCUGACAGUUUACAAAAUAGUUUUCAGAAUUGUUUGUAUAAAGGACCUAUUCUAAUAUGUUCACAGCUGUGUAGAAGCAUUUCUCUUGCCAAUUAGUACUUUACUAUUUAUACAGGACCCAAACUUUAUUAUUUCAAAUAUUAACUAUAACUGGAAAAAAGAAACAACGUGCUGGAAUAACUCAGCAGGUCUUUACUUUAGAGAUACUGUGUGGAAA